UGGAUUCUUUCAUCGUAAGCGUGACUUUACCUUAGUUUAUAAUGAUCUUAAGGCUAAAAUUGAUAAAUAUGCAAAUGGAGAUAUUGCUUCAGAACCAAUUAUGCAACAAGAUUUUAAUGAUGAUGUCCAUAGCUUGAAUAAACUGGUCAAGCUUAAUAAACCAAAAACAAUACAAACUUAUAUUCCACCCAAAAAGAUGAGGAUGUAUUGGUAA